UAUCUAGUUCCAUCUACGUUCAUUUUGCGCCAACUGCAUGAUCCGCCCAACUUCCGCUGCCAUUCAUUCGUACAGGAAUUGAUCGAGGAUUUGAGCCGUGCAAGAAACCGAAGGACAAUGAGCUAGCCUAAGAUGUUAGGAGGUCUGUUUAUUUACAACCACAAGGGGGAGGUCCUGAUCUCUCGAGUCUUUCGAGAUGACAUAGGGCGAAAUGCCGUGGACGCGUUCCGCGUGAACGUGAUCCACGCCCGCCAGCAGGUGCGCUCCCCCGUCACCAACAUGGCACGCACCAGCUUCUUUCACAUCAAGCGGGGCAACAUCUGGGUGGCGGCCGUGACCAAGCAGAAUGUGAAUGCACCCAUGGUCUUUGAGUUCCUGGCCAAGCUGAUGGAGGUCAUGACCUCGUACUUUGGCAAGGUCACCGAGGACAACAUCAAGAAUAACUUUGUGCUCAUCUAUGAGCUUUUAGACGAAAUUCUGGACUAUGGUUACCCACAGAACACAGAUACAGGGAUGCUGAAGACAUACAUCAUACAGCAAGGAAUCAAAUCAUCAAGCAAAGAGGAACAAGCACAGAUCACCAAUCAGGUGACAGGACAGAUCGGUUGGAGAAGGGAAGGCAUCAAGUACCGUCGUAAUGAACUCUUCCUUGACGUGCUCGAGAAUGUUAAUCUACUCAUGUCCCCGCAAGGCCAGGUUUUGAGUGCUCAUGUAGCAGGUCGAGUCGUAAUGAAGAGUUAUCUCAGCGGUAUGCCCGAGUGUAAGUUUGGCAUGAACGAUAAAAUCACACUGGACAAGCAGGGGAAAGGAGAUGAUCCAGCAAAAAGCAAAUCAUCCAUUGCCAUUGAUGACUGCACAUUCCAUCAGUGCGUCAAGCUCAGCAAAUUUGAGUCAGAACGUAGCAUCAGUUUCAUCCCUCCAGACGGUGAAUUUGAGCUCAUGAAGUAUAGAACCACUAAGGACAUUAGCUUGCCCUUCAGGGUUAUACCAUUAGUCAGAGAGGUGGGAAGGACAAAGAUGGAGGUCAAGGUUGUGUUGAAAUCCAACUUCAAGCCCACAAUACUGGGGCAGAAGAUUGAGGUGCGCAUCCCAACACCCCUUAACACCAGCGGCGUUCAGGUCAUCUGUAUGAAGGGCAAGGCCAAGUACAAGUCCAGCGAGAAUGCUAUUGUCUGGAAGAUCAAGAGGAUGAGCGGAAUGAAGGAAUCCCAGAUCAGCGCUGAAAUUGAGCUUCUACCAACGUCAGACAAGAAGAAAUGGGCUCGCCCACCAAUCUCCAUGAACUUUGAGGUCCCGUUUGCUGCUUCCGGUCUGAAGGUGCGCUACCUGAAAGUCUUUGAACCUAAACUCAACUACAGUGAUCACGACGUCAUCAAGUGGGUUCGCUGCAUCAGCAGGAGUGGCCUCUACGAGACGAGGUCAUGACCUGCGUGAUGCAACGAAGCAGCCGUGGCGUUGUGAGAAGUUGUGGUUGGAGAGGGGGUGUCGUAGUCGCCCCCCUAUCUGGCAGGAUUAGAAUUUCUAUACAUGGACCCUUCCCUCUCCUAGUUAAACUCUCUCCUUAAUAUUGUACUUUGUGUUUCUUCUGAAUCAAGGGCACCAUACCCUCUGUAUUCAUACAAUUUUCUCCACUGAGAUAGUACAUGAAUGGUUCAUCGGUGUGAUGUUCAUGGCUUAUGAAUAUUCAUGCCAUAGGUCAAAUCAGGUCACUUGGGUGUAUUUAGGAGCCCUCUUCUCAAUUCAAAAAUCUACCACACAGCCAGUCCUAAAGUUACCAGAGCCUAAUGUACAAGGAUGCCACUUUUCUUAAAAAUUGUAAAAAGUUGCUUGGAUUUAGAUUUCUUCAAUUUCUGUUUUGGGGUAGACAUUUUCAGUCUAUUAACCCCAGGGUUGAGAGUAAAUUUCUAUUCUAUUGGUGAAGUCAAGGGGCAUUACUAUUUUUGGCCAAUCUCUCUUUAAAUUUGACAUACAUGUAGGUGUAUGACAAUGCAUCAAAUAGAAACAUACUUUGAAAUACUCUGAAAUUUAAAUAGAAUCUCAUAUAGAUAUUCCAAUUUUAAAUCAUGUAUAAUGGUAGAUAUUUAGAGAGUCUUAUUGAGUUCCUCUGAUAGACAAGCCCGUAUUUCUCAUCCUGACUUUCAAGAUGAGGUAAAAGUCUUCGAGAAAUUGUUGGAUGCAUGGUUAUGGUGACAGAGCUGCAGUCUUGAAUUCUUUUGUUUAAAAUGCCAUUGUAGCAGAGGAUGUACAAGCACACAUGCACACAAAAUAACUGAGAUUGAUUUCAAUGUAGUGUUUUUUUGGCGUUUAUGUGUACUAUAUCAAAAUUCUUAUCAUUCCAUGAAAGAUUGCUGUAAAGGUAUUUUCAAAAUAGUGAAACAGAACUUGAAAAAAGGGAAACAAUUUAAAAAUAUUUGAAAAUAUAUAUUGGUUGCUUGGAGAUGGGAAGGAUUUAUGAUUUUUGUUUCAUCAUUGUGUCGCUAUUUGCUUGAAGAUGAGAAAAGAUGUUGGUGUAAGAUGACUUUCAUUCAUUAUUUUGUUUUUUCUUGGUUAUCAAACACAAGACAAAUGUAGGUAAACCUUUGUUUACGAUUGUGCAAAUUUGCAUUUCCUAUGAGACUUGCAUUAAGAUUAAUAAAAGAAUAGAGGAGUUAUGUAUGGCAAAAUUAUGGAUCUGGUAGGGCUAGAUUUCACUUUGAUUCUUUCAUUUCUAUUCAAGAACAAUAUUUCUCUGCAAAUACAGCCAAUCAUCGUCUUCGUCUCCUAACAUUUUGGUUUAAUCGAUUGGAGUAUAAAGAAAAAAUAGACAAAGUCCCUCCAGUCCAAUUUCGACCAUUGUAUAUUUUGUGAUGAGAAAAUAAUAUGUAUUUAUCUGAGACGUCCAUUUCCUCCCAAACACCCAAGAUGGAAAGUGAGACCAAUAUAUGGCGUUUAUUUCUUUGUAGCUGGAUUGCUAUGGUUCUAUCAAACCAAAAGUCGAAAACAAAAGUGAAUAGAACAAAUCAGUGCACUAUGUAAUGACUUCAUACGGCAAUUUUUAUCAUCCUAUUCAUGUUGAUUUGUUAGGUCUCGUAUUGAAUGUGAUUUUAUGGCUACUAUUCAAAAUUGAUUAUUUUGUUCUUGUUUGGUGGACAUUUAUACUUCAUUGUCUGAUAUAUUAUUGAAUGGAUAAUUGGAUAUGCAAGUGAAAUGUAGGUGUAUCCAGUAUACUUGGUAAAGCAAAAGUUGCCCUCCAUAUUUGAAUAUUACCAUUAUUCCCGUAACCCCCGGUUUUAAAUGUAUAAGAUAUAGCAUAUUUUAUAGCUUAUUUGAUAUUUCAGAAAUUUGUGGAACUUGUGUCUCAUUUAAACCAAAUUGAUUGAAUCUAAAAUUAUAAGUCAUCCAGAUUUUAUCUAUCAAAUAUAUUAAAGUUUAAAAAUUCAUAGUUAUAACUCAGGAAUAUAUUUACCCAGUGAAGGAAUUAAUGUUUUUUGAUUCAUUGAGAAAUUUUGGUCAUUUGUAACUCUCCAUAUAUGAACAUCAAAAAAAAUAUAAUUGAAAAGUAAGUAAAGGUUUGGACUUUUUUCCUUCUAAUCUUUUUUUUUUCUUCCAUAAAGAUCAUGUAAUUCUUUGAUUCUGAAUGGAAAUGCCUGACUGAUAUGUAGAUUAAGCAACUGAACUAUAGCAGUUAAUUAAUCUCGAGCUAUUUUGCUUGGGCAAGUGUUUGUAUAGCACAGUCAAUGAAAAUGAUUUAAUUUUUUAAAUCCAAUAACAUUGCUUUAUUAGACCAGUAGUGAUUCUCACACAGAAGUUCUAGGGUUGUUGUAUAUGCCGAAAGUUGAGUUUACAUUAUGAAGCUUUUGAUUUUUUUUUUUAAAUUGCAUGUUCAUAUCGUAUUAGUGUGAAUACGCCUCGAAACCAAAGUCUCUCCAUAUCGCUUCAUGUAUAGACUGUACACAUCCAAAGUUUUAUGGUCAUUUUUUUAUAAAAUUCUAAAAAAUGGAAGGAAACGUGAGCUCACUAUUCUAUUUCAUGCCGUAGAAUAUUUAUAUAUGUAUGGGCAUGGAUUAUAAAGGAAAGAAAUAAUAUUUACAACAUAUAGGUUAAAAUCGACUUUUGAAAUUUGAAGGUCGAUAUAAUGAGAGGAUGAAACUUGUGUAAGACUCCAUCCAGAAGUAUGUAUUUAUGUGUAAGAGUACAUGUACAUGAAAUUCAGAGCAAAACAAACAAAUUUGCCAUACCUUUAUUGAAAAUGUCAGUUUGAGUAGCUGCUUCUUUGGUCAAAAGACUUUGACAUGUGUCAAAAUGAUGUCUUUUUUAUUUUCUACACAACUUAUUAACUAUUUUGCCACAAAUAUGCCGCUCUUAUGAAUUUCUUCUAGUCCAUGUAGUAAAUGUUAGCUUGUAAUACUGCAGAUGAAUAGAAAAAUCAAAGUAUUACUUGGAUAUUAACACUCUUGAGGAUUUCGAUAUUUGAAUAUCAGCAAGACGAUUUGUGUUGUUGUAAUUGUUAUUUUAUUGUUUUGUAUCUUUUUUUUCUAUGUAUCACCUUUCUUUAUUGGCUAUCGUAUAGUUUGUAGUUAGAGUAUAUUAUGACUGUUUCUCAUGCGAAAAUAAAUCUACGUCCUCAUAUCAAUCCCAAA